AUGACUUCGAAAGCGGUCAACGUCCCAACGGACCUCAAAGCCAAGGAGAAGAAUGUCAACGCAAAGCUCCAGCUCUACGGAAUCUACGCAGCCUUCGCCAAUGGCAAGGCGCCAUCAAACAAGCAAAUCGACGUCGCCAUGAACUCGGCGCUCGAGUGGCAAGGACUGAAGAGCCCAUCCGGCAAGCUGUCCAACGACGGCAAGCAGCUUGUAGCAGAUCUGCGCGAUGUCAUCGAGAAGGCCAAGCAGCUUCUCCUGUCCAAGAACGAGGGCAACCUCCUUCAAGACUUCAUCUGGCAAACACAGCGAAUCGGCGCUGGCGAGGCUCAAGGCGUAAAGGCUCCGAUUGACAAGGACACUGCCAAGCAGCACGGCAACGAGGCCCUUGAGGGUCUCCGCACUCUCGGCCAGCUGACCAUCACCAACGGUCAAUUCCGCAAGCUGUUGUCGGACGCCAUCACUCUUUUCCGCGACAUCGCUGGUGAUGCCGCACAGAAGGCUGCUACCAAGGUGAACCCAGAUGAGGAGGCGCUGUCCCAGAUUGAUAGGCCAGCUGAGGACAACACCUGGCACGAGGCUCCUGACCUCUCUGGUGCCAACAUCAAGCAGCAGAUUCGCAGCCAGGUUCCAAUCGGCAAGAAGGAUCUGCAAGACGCCGCUGGUGAUGCCACCCAGGCUGGUCACCCAUCUGGAUCCCGCAAGCCAGAAGAUGCGGCCAAACUCGCCGCUGAGGAACAGCGCCAGGGCAAGCAAGGCACAAGCUUGGACCCAUCAUCCGGUGCCGCUGCCGCUGCUGGCACUUUGAAGAACCGUCUCGACCAGAACGUCGACGAGGAGAAGAAGCAGCAGGCUCGUGAGUACCGUGACCGCACCCGCGAGUACUUCAAGGGCAAGAUGCCACAGGAACGCCGCGAGCAAAUCGUCUACCGCCUGAAGAAGAUGAUUGUUGAGAUCCAGGGACACCAGGACUACCAACAGGCCAUUGAUACUUUGCUCCGUCUGGCUGAGCAAUAUGGCGGCCACACCAAGGAUGUUGCGGCCCAAUCCCAAGGAGCCGUUGAAGGUGCCCACUCCCAGGACAGCUUGCAAACCGCGGAAACUGACUUGAGGAAACUCCUCGAACGCUUUGCCAACUCGACAUCUUUCGAUGAUCUCUUCGACUCGAUCAACCAGAUCUAUCGCGACGCCGACCGUGACCCAGAACUCAAGGGUUUCUUCAAGGAUACCGACCGCUUCAUCCGAAAGUGCCUUCAAGAGCAGGGUUACGUCCUUCAAGAUGAGUCGAACCAGCAGUGGAACAAGCUGUACGACGAGGGCCAAUUCCUCCUCCGUGACCGUUACCGCAGCCACACCGACCGCAUUGUCGACGAGACCAAGUUCUUGGCGGAUCAGUUCGACCAAGACCCACAGAACCAGGCUUUCGCCAGAUCCAUGGAGAAGCUCUUCAAGGAUCUUGGUAACGAUGCCGAUGGCAAGCCAGAGUUCAAGCCACACUUGGUCAAGGAUCUCACUGAGGUUCUCCUCCCCGCCUUCUUCGAGCACGUCCGCUACGUUCCAAUCCCACGAAUUGAGUACUCCGACCACAUGGUCGAUGCUGUCGUGGAGAACCUGGUCAUCGAAGGUGACAACCUUGCACCAAACGUUGCAGAGUUUGGCAGCGACAACUACUGGCGCUGGGGCCGUAAGGGUGCUCAGAGUAAGAACAAGAACAAGGUUAUGAUCUCAGUGUCCGGUGUCCAGAUGGACCUCCGUGAUGUCUCAUACUACAUCAAGAAGAAGGAGGGCUUCCCAAGUGUUACUGACAAGGGUGUCAUGGACAUCUUCCUUGGUGGCAGCGGCUUGAGCUUCAAGAUCGCCAUGGAGACUGCAGACAAGAGCGACAGUGCCCACUUCUUCAAGAUUAACAAGGUCGAUGUUGACAUCAAGAACAUGAACAUCAAGCUGAAGCAGUCCAACCACAAGUUGCUGUUCGGUCUGUUCAAGCCUCUGUUGCUCAAGGUCAUGCGUCCUGUGCUUCUGAAGGUUGUCGAGAAGCAGCUCCGCGACAACGUGUCGCAGCUUGACGCUAUGCUCUACCGUGUCAAGAAGGAAGCCGAUCGCGCUGCCGAGGAGGCGAAGAACAACCCCGACCCAGAGAACAUCCAGAACAUCUACCAGCGCUACUUCAACGCAUUCCAGCAGCAGAUGACCAAGGGCCAGCAGAAGAAGGAGCAGCUUAAGGAGCAGGCUGCCGACAAGAAGGUCAACGUUGCUGUCACCCAGCACGACUCCAUGUUCAAGAACAUUGAGCUUCCAGGAGGCAUCUCCACCAAGGCUACCGAGUACAAGAACCUUGCUGGCAAGGGUGACAAGUGGGAGUCACCAGUCUUCUCCAUUGGCUCUGCUAGGGAGAGCUCCAAUCUGCCAUCCGUCUCCGAGCCACAACGCAAGCCACACUCGACUGCUCAAGGUGGCGUCCGUGGUGGUAACCAGCCCAACACUGUCGCCAGCGGAACUUCCAAUGGCAGCGCUGGUGGCCUUGCCGGUGGUCUUGUCGGUUCCGGCGCCGCCCCAACUGGACCUAAUGGCUCCGCCGGCUUUAGCAACCAGGUUAACGAUGCCUUCAAGCCAACCACGGAUCUCGGUCUCAACCAGCCAGGCUCGGGCGCCGCCGCUGGCGACGAUGGCAACACCACCCUUGGCCGCAGCAACCCAGUUCUGCAGGGCAACGUCUAA